AGUACCGGGUCCGUGGCAUUUAAAACAGGAAGGUGUUAAAAAAUUUCCAAGAAAAUAUGUGAAGUUUGAUUUUUUAUUGUUUUUGAAAUCCAAUCUGACUCCUACAAAUCUAUAUCAGUCAUUAUCAGUGUUAUACUGCUGAGCAUUGACCUUUGUCUCUUAAAAGAUUAUGAUAUUUGAACUUAGACUAUACAUUUCUAUUCUGGGUUGUCACACACAGGAUCAAUAAGUCAUCGAUCACGCCUCUAUAAGGCGUGGGAGUGGCAUAUCUUGUUUUUAUCAAAAAAUAUACCUAAAUCUGGAAUUUAUGUAAUUUUUAACUCACCUUAUAGGGCCAGCUCAGUGAGCCAUCCGCGUCAUUGAUAGCUGCUAAAAAGAAAGCCCAGCAAAAGAAGAAAACAACAGGUGAUACGGUUUUGCGUGACCAUUAUCAAAUAGCAAUGGAGUCAAAAAAGAAGGUGAAAGGUCCUACAGGAUUCGUCACAGAGCCACGCAUGGCCGAGCAUCGCUGUCUGUGGGAUGACAAGUAUCCUGAGUGCCCAGAGAGGCUAAUUGGUGUCAUUAACAGGUGUCAAGAGUUAAACCUAAUAGAACAAUGUAAAUCAUUCCCCCCACGUGCUGCCACCAAGGAAGAGCUUACUGCGUUACACUGCCCAUCUGUUUACGAGAUGAUGGAGAGAACACACCAGAAUAAUGACAUCCAGCUGUUAGAGGAAAUAUCGUCUAAAUAUGACGCCGUUUAUAUACACCCUAGUACCCACGAGUUGGCUCUGAUAGCUGCCGGCUCCACCAUAGACAUGGUGGACCGGAUCGUGACCGGAGAGGUGCAGAACGGCGCCGCGUUCGUGCGCCCGCCCGGCCACCACGCCAUGCGCGCCGAGCCUUGCGGGUACUGCUUCUACAACAACGUGGCGCUCGCCGCCCAGCACGCGCUCAAUGUACGAGGUUUAAAAAGAAUACUGAUAAUCGACUGGGACGUUCAUCACGGACAAGCGACGCAGCAGAUGUUUUACGAUGACCCGAGGGUGGUGUAUUUCUCUAUCCACCGAUACGAGCACGGCGCCUUCUGGCCGAACUUGCGACAGUCGAACUUCCACUACACAGGGUGUGGUCAGGGGGAGGGGUACAACUUCAACGUGCCCCUCAACCAGACGGGCAUGACGGACGCGGACUAUCUCGCCAUAUGGCAUCAACUGUUGAUGCCUGUGGCCUUUGAGUACCAACCGGAGCUGGUCAUCAUAUCGGCGGGGUACGACGCCGCGGUCGGCUGCCCGGAGGGUGAGAUGGAAGUGUCUCCCGCGUGCUACGCCACGCUGCUCAACAUGGUGGCGAGCGCGUGCUGGCGCGUGUGCGUCGUGUUGGAGGGCGGCUACUGCGUGCGCUCGCUGGCCGAGGCGGCCGCGCUCACGCUGCGCACGCUGCUGGGCCACCCGCCGCCGCGGCUGCAGCCCUUGGCCGAGCCCACCGACUCAAUACGAGAAACCAUUCUGAAUUGUAUAUACGCGCACAAAAAGCACUGGCGGUGCUUCAACUACCAGCUCACGUACAGCGUCGACACGUCGGUGCUCAAUGUGUGCGACGCGCUGAAACAGAAGCAUACGGUCACAGUGAGGUGGGAGGGAGACGAAACGAGAGCAGACUAUUACGAAACAAGGGACUGUUACCCUAUGCAAGAUAACGAAACUAAACGACGUAUAAACGAAAAAUUGGACCAUUUAUCGAUAAUGACAGACUUGACGCUGGCUCAACACCCGGUGUGCUAUAUCUAUGACGAGGCCAUGUUGAAACACAGGAACAUAUGCGAACCAGGUCACGUGGAAUGCCCGGAGAGAAUUCUUCGCAUACACGAGAGGCAUCGCGACUUCGGUCUGCUAGACCGUCUGCAUAUACUCUCCGCUAGAUCUGCUAGCGAAGAGGAAAUACUAGCGGCACAUACACAGAAACAUCUUGACAGGUUGAAAGAGCUGGCGAGCACAAAGCUGAGGGACCUCAACAGUAUGAAGGAAGCUUUCGACUCCGUGUACUUCAGUCCCGACAGUCUGGAGAGUGCCGCCGUCGCCGCCGGUUGUGUGCUGCAGAUGGUGGAUGCAGUAUUGUCCAACGUGGCCGGCAGCGGGGUGUGCGUGAUCCGUCCGCCGGGGCACCACGCGGACGAGGAGAUCCCGAGCGGCUUCUGUCUGCUGAACAACGCAGCGAUCGCCGCCAAGUACGCCAUACAGAGCCACGGGCUGCGGCGAGUGCUCAUUGUCGACUGGGACGUGCACCAUGGGAAUGGCACGCAGAGUAUCACUUAUGAGGACAAAGAGAUCCUGUACAUAUCGAUACACCGCUACGACAAGGGCACGUUCUUCCCGCACUCCACCGCCGCGGACUACAGCGCGGUGGGCGCGGGCCGCGGGGAGGGGUACAACGUCAACGUGCCCUGGAACAAGCGCGGUAUGGGUGACGCGGAGUACUUGGCGUCCUUCACGCAAGUGGUGCUGCCGAUCGCGCACGAGUACAACCCGGAGCUGGUGCUAGUGUCGGCCGGGUUCGACGCCUGCGUGGGUGACCCGCUCGGAGGUUGUAACGUAUCACCGGAAUGUUACGGUCAAAUGACCCAAAUGCUGAGAGGAUUGGCCGGCGGUCGCGUCAUCCUCUGCCUAGAAGGAGGGUACAACAUCACAAGCAUAUCAUACGCCAUGACCAUGUGCACGAAAGCCUUACUCGGUGACCCCAUUUCUCACAACUACGAAUCAAAACCAACCGUCCACUGCUCAGCAAUCGAAAGUAUUAACGACGUCAUAAGAACCCACAAGAAAUACUGGAAGAAUCUGAAAUUCCAACUCGCAUUGCCGAUAGAGGACGUUUUGGAAAAACCAGCGCCAUCUAGAGGUUUAAUUGUCACGGAUUCAGGGAGCGAUUGCAAAAAGCCUACGGUGUAUACACAAUUGCGAUGCGGUAUAGCAAACUUGGAACUUGGAGCUUGUCACAGUACAGAGAGAUGUUCAUCUGGCACACAGAAUGACAGUGACAGUAAUGAGGAUGAAAAAAAACCUCCAUCUGAUGAUAAAAAUAAAACAGAAGUUAAUGAAAGUAGAACAAAUGUGAGUUCAAACGAAAUUUUGAAUGCUGACAAAAGUCCAUCAAAAGUGAACGAAGGCGCAUCAAAUGUGAAUGAAGGUGCACCAAAUGUGAAUGAAGGUGCGUCAAACGUGAAUGAAGGUGCAUCAAAUGUGAAUAAAGGUGCAUCAACAGAGAGUGAACCUAAAGUGAAUGAACCGACAACACUGGUGGACUAUUUAUCAGAGAACAUGCAAGCUAUAGUUGAUGGGGAUAUGUUUGCAGUGAUUCCGUUGCAGUGGUGUCCACAUCUAGAGUCAUUGUAUGCUAUACCUGACAAUGUACGCUUCGAACAGGGAGUCAAGUGUGUGGAUUGUGAUCAUACUGAGGAGAAUUGGGUGUGCCUGCAUUGUUUUAUUACGGCGUGCGGUCGGCACGUGAGCGGCCACAUGCAGGCGCACUACCGCAGCACGGGGCACGCGCUGGCGCUGUCGCUCGUGGACCUGUCGGCGUGGUGCAGCGCGUGCGACGCGUACGUGGACCACGCGCUGCUGUACGACGCCAAGAACAACGCGCACCGCGCCAAGUUCGGCGCCGACAUGCCCUGGUGCUACCCCGACAUACGCAUGGAGUGAGCGCUGCGGCCAGUCGCUACAGAACAGUAGGAAAGUCAUGCCAUGAAAACUCUUAUCUAAAAAAAAACUCGUUUUUUUGUUUUGACAUACCGGUUUGACAUUAUGAUUUUAACCAAUUUGUACAUUGUGCACAAAAAUAUUUUCAAAAAACGUCAUAUUUUUUUUUAUAUUUAAAUAUAUUUUUUAUAAAUGCAUUAGCAUUUAAUUAAAUAUAAACUUUUGCACAAUAAUCAUUUGACAAAACGCUAUAUCGAUGUCGUAGAAGUAGAAUACUACCUACAGGGUAAAGACAUUUUUCAUCUAAUAGAAGUAUGUAAUAACAAAUUAUUAUUAAUUAUUUAAUAACUAAUAAUUUAAUCAUAUUUAUAAUGCACAUAUUCUAAGUGAAUAAGUUGACUACAUAAUAUUAACAUUACUUGGACAAUUUAAAACUUGAAAAAAAAAGUACUUGAUGUAUAUAAAAAGUAGUACAUAGUACAUGUACUUGUGUAUAAUACAAUCUAAUGUAAAUUAAUUAGUUUAGGCGAUAAGCUUUCUGAUUCUCAUUUCUUUUGAACCAUAUUAUUAGUCCGGAGGUAUCCUUAUGUAAUUGUGCCUACUUGAUGUAAAACACAACAUGCUUAUAUUGGGUUCAAAAUAUUAACUUACUCUAAAAUAUAAAAAAAAACAAAAAAAGAAAACUCAUAAAAAAGAUAGAGAAAGACAAAAGUGAAUUUAGCAAUGGAUACAUUUAAGAUUUGAGAAUUUUGGGCUAAUUAAAGUAAUCUUGUAAAACAUUUUCUGUAUUGGGUCAUAAUUUGGGUUUAUUUAUACAGUUGUGUAUAUUUGUAUCUUUUGUAUAUCUUAUUUAUUUUUAUUUAAUUUAUUAAAAUUUUAAGAAUUGGACUGUAUUUUGUGCUUUUUAAAUAUUAAAAAAAAAAACAAUUGUAUAGAUAUAAAUGUAAUUACAAUGAGCCAGUAUAAAACUAAUCAUUCGGUCAGUUUGGCGGAUAAAUAAGUUAACAUGUAGCUUAUUUACAUCAUACAUAUAUAGAUAUAUUUACAUUGUAAUCGUGGAUAAUAAAUGUUUUUAUUAUACAACUGAUUUUGACAUAAAAAAACUAAACAGUAUUCUAAUUUGAUUACUAAUAUCUAACAGAUUAUUUAUUGGGAACUUAAAGUAAUGUGUAUUCAUAACAAAUACAAGUGAUGACCACCAACUAGAUUGAACAUUCGUAAUACAGGGUGUAUUGAUGGCAUAGUUGAGUUGAUGCGCUCUUGUGGCCAUUGCUUACAUAAAAUGGCGAUUUAUGUGCCAAAGUUAAUUGCUCAUCUAAUAAUUGUUAACAAUAUCUGAAUUAAUAAAAUCAUAUCGUCUUCGUUAAAAA